AUGUCCAAUAAGAUCGGUUGCGUAAACUCAAUCUCUGUCUACGCUUUAAUGGAUACGAAGGUAUACAUUUCGUACAAUCAAGUACACCAGCUCAUUAAAGACGCAGUUGAACAUUACCGUAUCAAUGAAGAUUAUAAGCCAGAUCUUAUGAUUGCUAUUGGCGGCGGAGGGUUUGUUCCGGCUAGAAUUCUGCCGAUUAAUAGAUGCAUUAAGACAUUUAUAGUAAUGAUGAAUAAUAAUCACUCACUCUCUUUUGUCCAAACACCCGAACAACUUUCGUGGCAGCGCUCGUUCCUUAAACGCCCAAACAAUAAGAACAUUCCAAUUCAGGCAAUAGGACUUUCCCUUUAUGAAGAUCUUGGUGUUUUUGAUGCAGAACAGGCAGAUGCGGCUGCUACCAUUGGUACUCAAGUGGUGAAAACUCAAUGGUUACAUUUUGGCCAUGUAACUUGCCCUUUGCUCGGAAAAAAUAUUCUUAUUGUUGACGAGGUUGAUGACACCAGAACCACACUCGCAUAUGCUAUUCAGGAACUUAGCAGAGACAUAAAUGAGGAAAAACUUAAGUAUAUUCAAAGUCAUCCAGGAUCCGAUGUUCCUGAGACGAAAUUAGCAGUAUUUGUCCUUCAUAAUAAAAAGAAACAAAAGAGGAUGGAAUUACCUGAUCAAAGUAUCAUUCCAGAUGGUAGAUAUUUCGCGGCUAAAGAAGUGCCAGAUAAAUGGUUGGUUUACCCAUGGGAGGCGAUUGACAUUAGUGAGCAUACACAAAAGAGCUUGGAACAAGAGGAAGAGAAUGCAAUCUAA